GGCAUGUGGACAGUACUCGUUUUUUUUCAGUGAUGGAGGUCGUGAUGAGUUUCUGCAUGCCCUACCUCAUUUUUUCCCUCGUUCAGACGAGUCACUCCACCAUUUUUCCAGCUAGCAUUAAAAUUGCGAGAAUAGGACUUUCGGAAUCCGAUUUUUAUACCACGACUGAAGGAAAAAUCCUGAAAUUAUCUCGACCUCUGGCAGUUGAGGAUGACAUAAGGGUCGAGUGGUCUCUCCAGACAGAAGCCCCGGAUUACAUGGAGGUGGGGACCUACGACAUAAUUAGGACUGAAAAAAAUAUAUCCUUGUGCCAUCCGGACUUGAAAAAUGUGGAGCAUCGCCAGGUGUUCCAGGUUUUCACCAAAAUUCUAUCCUUGGACAUCACCAGAGGAUGCCCCAUCCACCGUCAGGAGAUCGUUCCCUACAGGGGGAGAAUUUUCAUGAAUUUUGAAUACGUCACCGAUUUUCCUGGGCCGUCGUGCGACGAAACCGAUUGGCUCCUGGUGAAUCUCCAUUCUCCAUCCUUGGGAGAAGUCUCGGUACAGCUUGACAAGUUGAAAAUGUCAAAGUACUCGACUCCACUUGUGCUCUGACCCAAAUGAUUGGACUCGCACGGAGCCAUUUUCUCCUGUCGUCAGUCGAGACAUUAUAAGAGGUCUCAUAAUAGCAAAGGAGGAGAAAACCUUGAUCGUGCACUCUCAAACUAUCCCACGACAUUAUUUCCAAGGAGAGUUUCAGCUUCGAAGACAUGGUACUCAGGUACUUGAGCACCAAUGUUAACUCAUGGAGAAGGCGAAUUGUGGGUAAUUUGAAUAAAUGAAUUGGAAUCAGGAUUGAGAUUAAUUUAACGAGAACGAGAUAAUUAGUCGAGUGGAGAGAACUAUUUUUACGGAGUAAAAAGGUGAAACAGAAAAAAAAAAAUCUCAUUCAAAAAGGAAUUAAUUAAUGAUAAA